AUGGCCGUGGAUUUACCGGAAGCCGAUCGCACAUGGGUGUUUUUCGGUAACAAGUGGUGCCUGCGAGAUAUGGUUGUCUUGUGUGUGCUGUUUUCCCCUUUCAUACUGUGUGCUUUUUGUUCCGGGGAAGUAAUCAGCAUCAAUUCCACCAAUUGGCAUGAAACUUUCAACGACGAGUGGUUCCUAGAAUUUUUCGCCCCGUGGUGUCCAGCUUGUCGACAGUUUUCUGCCGUGUGGAAGCAGCUAUCUGAUGAGCCAGGUCUUGGUGUACACAUCGCAGCUGUGGAUGUCACAGAAAGUCCCGUACUCAGCUUCGUCUUUUUUGUUCGUCAACUACCAACACUAUUUCACGUAAAGGAUGGUGUAUUCAGGCUAUACAAUGGAUCACGAAACUUCAUCGACCUGCACCGGUAUCUGACCGAGAAACAGUAUAUUCACACGGAGCCUAUCCCAUGGUACUACUCACCAUCAACAUUUCAUAUGCAAUUAUUCUUCCGGUUUAUGGAACUCGGCAUGACAAUAACAAACGUUCACCAGUAUCUGCUUGACUCCGGCUACCCCACAUGGUUGUCCUUUAUAAUCAUCGGAUCUGGGACUAUUAUUUUUGGCCUUGUGCUCGGGACAAUUCUUGUCAUUCUGUUCGACUGCAUCGUACCUCCAAGACCACAAAUUUGCCGCUUCUUCACCAGGAGGGAAGAUCCACGAAAAUCAACGAUAUCACCGUCAACCAGUACCACUAAGAAAAUCGAGGAACGUGAAGUAAUAACGCAUGGCACCCAUAAGUUAUCGGUGGACGCAUCAGGUGAGCACCAAGAUGAAUCAGAGGAGUUGGAAGUACGCAAACGCUCCGGAGAUUCCAAGGAUUAGAACCUCUAUCGAUUUUUUUAUUGUUCUGUUGAUUAGCCUGGGCGAUACCGGUGUGUGUUUCCAUGUUGUUUCUCUCACUUGUGUCUGUCGCUCAGCUUAGUGUUUCAGAAUAAAACUCGUUUUAUCUUUG